AUGGCACCUAUUCACAUACCCCUCGAUCGCUCUACGACCUUCGAUGCCAUGCUUUCCGUCAGCCCUGCCGUGGGACCUGUCGUUCUUCUCAAUAUCAUUUCGCUCCCCCCAGGAGCAGAUAAGGAGUCAUUCCUAAAGACAUGGACCCGUACCGCCGACUUUCUCAAAAUAUCGCCCGGCCACAUCUCCACUCAAUUGCAUAGCGCUAUUGGUGAUGGCAACUUCAUCGUCAACUACGCCGUUUGGGAAAACAAUGAGGACUUGAAGAACGCCUUGUAUAAGCCUGAAUUUAGGAAGAUCUGUGAGGAUUUCCCGGAUGGCACUGAGUUCCGCGCGUGCGUUUUGCAGAAAGAGGCUAUUCCUAGAGUUUGCGCGGGUUUGUGA